CGAUCAUUGCCCUGACCUCCUGGCUGCAGGGAACCUGAAGUUGCUUCUUCAAAGGGAGAACAGAAUAAGCUGUUUCCAGAGAGGCUUCCGGAGAGGACUUGGCAAAUCUGAAUAUGCGUUGGCUGUGGAAACUCGAGCGACUCUGCACCGUGAGGGCCUCUGAGAUGUCCAGCCACCCUCUCCGUGUUAGUGUCAGGCGACUGACGUCAGCGCUGUGGGGCCGCCAGGAGGUGCCCGCAAAGUUCAACUUUGCCAGCGAUGUAAUAGACCUGUGGGCCGGCAUGGAGAAGGCUGGCAAGCGACCUCCGGGCCCAGCCCUGUGGUGGGUGAAUGGCGGAGAGGCCGAAGUGAAGUGGAGCUUCAGAGAACUGAGUGAAAUGAGUCAGCGGGCGGCCAAUGUCCUCGCGGGGCCCUGCAGUCUGCAGCGUGGGGACCGCGUGGCGCUAGUGCUGCCCCGAGUCCCCGAGUGGUGGCUGGUGACCCUGGGCUGCAUGCGAGCAGGCCUCGUCUUCAUGCCUGGGACUGUCCAGAUGAAAUCCAAAGACAUCCUCUACAGGCUGCAGGCGUCUAAGGCCAGGGCCAUUGUGGCUGGGGACGAAGUGGCCCACGAAGUGGACGCUGUGGCAGCCGACUGCCCUGCUCUGAGACUCAAGCUGCUUGUGUCUGAGAGAAGCCGAGAUGGGUGGCUGGACUUCAAGACGUUACUGAAGGAGGCCUCCACUACUCAUCGCUGUGUGGAGUCAGGAAGCCAAGAAGCAGCUGCCAUCUACUUUACUAGUGGAACCAGUGGCCUCCCCAAGAUGGCGGAGCACUCCCACGCCAGCCUGGGCCUCAAAAGCAAGAUAGAUGCCGGCACGUGGACAGGCCUGCAACCCUCUGACCUAAUCUGGACCAUAUCAGACACAGGCUGGAUCGUGAACAUUUUGACCACGCUUCUGGAUCCUUGGGCUUUGGGAGCAUGCGUAUUUAUACAUCUCUUGCCAAAGUUUGACCCACAGACCAUCCUAAAGGUGCUGUCCAGCUAUCCCAUCAACAGCAUGGUGGGUGCCCCCCUUGUUUACCGGAUGUUGCUACAACAGGACCUUUCCAGUUAUAAAUUCCCCCACCUAAAGCACUGCUUCACUGGAGGGGAAACCCUGCUUCCAGACACUCUGCAGAACUGGAAGGCCCAGACAGGAGUGGACAUCCGAGAAUUCUACGGCCAGACAGAGACGGGGCUGACCUGCAGAGUUUCCAGCACAAUGACCAUCAAGCCAGGCUACCUGGGGACGGCCAUUCCCCACUAUGAUGUGCAGGUCAUAGAUGAUGAGGGCAGAGUCCUGCCCCCGGGCACAGAAGGAGACAUAGCCAUCCGGGUCAAGCCCGUCAAGCCUGUGGGCAUCUUCUCUGGCUACGUGGACAAUCCCAAGAAGACAGCGGCCAACAUUCGAGGGGAUUUUUGGCUCCUAGGAGACCGGGGAAUAAAGGACCAAGAUGGAUAUUUCCAGUUCCUGGGACGGGCUGAUGACAUCAUCAACUCCAGCGGGUACCGGAUCGGGCCCUCAGAGGUGGAGAACGCACUGACAGAACACCCCGCAGUGGCCGAGGUGGCAGUGGUCAGCAGCCCCGACCCCGUGCGGGGAGAGGUGGUGAAGGCCUUUGUGGUGCUGACGCCACAAUUCCUGUCCCAUGACAAGGACCAGCUCACCAGGGAACUGCAGCAGCAUGUGAAGUCAGUGACAGCCCCAUACAAGUACCCCAGGAAGCUGGAGUUUGUCUUGGACCUACCCAAGACCGUUACAGGGAAAAUCUCCCGAGAAAAGCUUCGAGCCACGGAGUGGAAGACGUCCAGGAAACCCCAGGCCCAGUGAGACUCUGGAGGCUGUCUUGGGAGUUCCCUUCAUCAUCCCCUUUUCUUUCCCUUUGGGUUCUCAGCCUUCCUGUGAGGAUGCGAUUUUUCAUCACAAGGGAUGCAUGUAACUUUUGUCUUUCCUUGGUCAUUAGCCCAAAACCUUGCCAUGUAAAAUGUUGUAAGAAGAAAAGGGAGAGGAAGGACAGAGAGAGA